AUGAGGGUGGACCUCCUUUUUUCCCUGAGCCUGCUAUUCCUCGCAGCGCAUCAUGUCCUGUGCAGCAAAAAAAAAGGAAAGCUACUUGGAAGUUUUCCAAAGGAUGUCAACUUAGUGGAGUACCUCUCCUUUUUAGCCGAGGAUGAAUACAGAACAUUGUUGCAAGAGGUGGACAAUGCAUUAUUGAACAAAAUAAAAAACAAAGAAAUAGUGACCAAGGAAAAUAUAGAGUCGACCUUAAAAGUACUAGAUAAAAAGUAUAAAGAAAUUGACGAUGGAGCUAAGAAGCGAGAAAUAGCAGAUGUCAUUGUUGAUAUUAGGGAGGUUCUUCAGAAAAAUUUACACCAAGUGGAUAAUAACAAUGAAGAUGUGGAGAACAAAAAAGAGCUAAAAAAAAGCAACUUUUUACUUCAACUAGAAAAUAAAUACAUCAAGAGAGACUUAGCCAAUUUUAAAAAAAUUACGGAAGAUAUAUCGAUAAGAAAAUCCUACUUGGAUAAAAAAUUUAAAACGUGUGCCAUAUCGAGUGAACAGUUUUUAUAUGGAGCCCCAGGAAAAAUUAACCUAUCAGAUAGUAGCAUCAGACAAAUAGAUUACCCUCUAUUCAUUAAGAUUGUAAAUAAGGAUACAUGUCAAGAUGAUUUCUCUUCAAGUAGCAGUUCCUUCCAAUCGAUUAAGCUUAACCAGUUUAUCGAUCUCUACAAACCGGUGCUUGAUUUCAACCUCGAGCUGCUAGAAAUUGGACUGAAGCAUGAAAUGAAGGCCUACGAAGACUCAAAAAACGAGAUCUUCUUUCUCAUUCGAGAUCAUUAUAAAAAUUAUGGAGAAGUAAAGAAGUUCCUGCUGAACAUCCCAAUGAGCAAGAUUCCUGAUUCUAAGCCAAAUGAUGAAAUGAAAAAAGAAAUCACGGAAUAUAACAAGAUCUCUACCUACUCUGGGGGGAAUUCCGAGACGGUGAACAAAUCGGCUGAUAGCUACAUCCUUGGUAGACAUGCUAAGGAGCCUGUGUAUAUUCAGCCCAAGAGAUUUAAAAGGAUUAUAAAAAUUCCCAUGAAGAAAAAAAAAAAUUUUAUAAAUGAUGAAACGGAUAUGAAGAUCAAAUCGCCGGUCAAAGUUGGCCAACUGUUCAUUAGGAAGAAAGAAAACCUUGAGAAAGCCAAAAAGAAUAUAUUCGAGUAUCACAUAUUUUUAAACAAGAAUCCAGAAAAGGAAGACGGGAUAAAAAUCGACGAUGUUGCAGAUGAUCAUGCGGGGAGUGUACCAAUGGAACAAAUAAAGGUUCCCAGUCCACAAACAAACAGUAGCAAUAUUUUAAAAAGAAUAACAAUUAGAAAGUUUCUUCGUAGUAUGUACUGUAUACCUUGUUCUAACUAUGACAAAAGUACACAUCAUAAUUGCCCUCUUAGGGAGAAUUUUAUCAACCUGAAUUAUGGCAACAACUGCCUUGUUUGUAUCCCCCCUAAUGCACUUAAUACUUGUAUCUGCAAUGUGAAUAGUAUGGACAGAUCAGCGCAAGAAAUCCAGGUGAAACAUCCGGAGGCCAUUUUGCAUUACCCGCAUGACCAGAAUUGUCUUUACAGAAAUGUAUACACCAAUUGUGUCUAUCCCAGUGGAAAAAUCUUUAGCCUUUUUCAGAAAAGGUAUAUUUGCCCGUACUGUAAAUUAAGGAGACCGCCCAAGGAGCAGGAUUUCAGUGCUGGGUAUGGGACUAAGGUGCCAGCCUACGCUGGUCAGCAGGACAGGUUCUCCGGACAGGGUGUGCCGAAUUUUACCAUCCUAGAUGAAGAUGAAGAUUGGAUCCCGAUUAAAUUGACCUCUGGGGAAAAAGUGCACGAUGAGCAGAAAACGCAUGGUGGUGAGGAAGCACAUGAUGAGGAAGGACCAGACGAACCACUGCAUCCUAGUGAAGGGGAGCAUCCAAGCCAAAGAUAUUUCAAAAAGACGUACAAGAUAGAUGUGGCUGCAAACGAGUACGAGGAAGAAAUAGAGGGAUCCCUCAGUAGGGUGGUCCCCCUAAGUAGCGAUUUCUUCGAUAAAGCCAACUUAAACAGGAGAGAUGGGGCCCAUGGUGAGGAGGAGGAAGAGGAGGAGACAGGUGGAGAAAAGGAGGGGGUAAAUGGACCAGAGGUGGGCGGAGAAGACGAGGAAAACAGCGAGGAAAACAACAAGGGAGACGACGAAGAUGGAGUUAAAAGGAAGGAAAAAUUAUCGAUCAAGGAACGAGACAACGAAAGGAACCACCCUCUCCCGCGUAGGAAUAAGAAAGGAACGGCCAAAAGAGCCCAACAGCAAGAUGAUGAAGCCGGCAAGAGGGACGUAAAAGGAAAGGACAAAACUGAUGUCACGGGUGAAGAUCUCGAAAUGGAAGAAGAAGACGAUUCCAUCCCAUAUGACACCAAUUUUUACGAUUUUGGAGAAAUGCUGAAGAACGAUAAGCACAUGCACUAUUUGAAGGACCUGUAUUACAGCAUUGUCCAUGACAAAGACAGUGAUGAAUACAAGAAGGAAGAAAAAAGCUUCCUCCUAAACUUGAGAUUUUUAUAUAAGACCACAUUCUUUACCAGGAAAAAGACAGUUGUAAGUGCCUUUUUGAAAACGCCUAAUUUGGACGUUACGUACAACAAGGGGAAAAUCCUAUUCUUAUUCAAAAAUCUGUUCAGCAAAAUAUUUAAAGAUGUAGAUUAUAAAAUUAAGGAAUCGCUUGUGCAGAUAAUCCCGGUGGUCGAAACUGAUGAAGAGGAGGAGGCAGAGAUGAUAACCGGGUUCGACAUGGAUUUUGGAAAAGUACAGUCGCACCAUGCUGGGUCGAUAAACAUGUUUAGGCACGCCGUUUUUGAUAUACAUAAUAUGGCCAUUUAUUUUAUUGGGCCAGAUGAAAAGUACCUCCUGCUCGAGGACAUCAUCAGAGAGAUACACGAAGAAAGGGAGCAUGAAUCCUCCGAUGGGGUUGAGAGAGGCAACCAAAAGGGGGACAUCCAGGAGCGAGACACGUUCCCGGGAGAGGAAGCGGUGGAGGAGGACCAGCAGGAGGAGGGAAACCAGUCGGCGGACGAGACGAAUGAGCGCGACUGGGGGGAGUACAACCCAGAUGAAGCGAUGAAAGCGGAACAGGCGAAAGAAGCAGAUCAGGAGGAAGGCGAAGCAGACCAGGGGAAGGGGAAAGCAGACCAGGAGGAAGGCGAAAAAAAACAGGGAAAAGGAGAAGCAGAACAGGGGAAAGACGAAUCAGAACAGGAGAAAGACGAAGAAGAAAAGGAGAAAGGGGAAGCAGAACAGGGUAAAGACGAAGCAGAACAGGGUAAAGACGAAGCAGAACAGGAGAAAGGUGAAGCAGAACAGGAGAAAGGUGAAGCAGAGAAGGCAAAAAAAAAAGUGGAUCUGCUGAAACUGAAAAAGGCAAAGCUGCACCAGGAGGCAUAUAACUUGAAGCCGAAAGAAGAGGAGGCGAAGCCCAUGCUGGGUGGAGAGACGCAGCUCGAACAAACAAAAUCAACGGACAAAUGGACAGACAAAUGGACGGACAAAUGGAUGGAGGAACCAACGGACAUCGCCCUAAGGGGAAAGCAAGUAAAAAGCGAAAGGGACCAACAAGGACACAAUGGUGAUUUCCGGAAAAUCCUAUCGAAUUAUGGAAGCCUGCUCUCCAAGGAGGAUAUAAGAAUGAUCAAAGAAAACUUAAAUAAUCUGGUCGUCAAAAAAAGGAUAGUAGACGGAGGAGAAGUCAUAGAAAUUAUUAUAAAAAGGGAAGAGCCCACGAAAGAGAAGGAAGAGGUGGACGAAAGUAGCGAUGUGUACGAAUCCAUUUCCAUUGAUGGAGAUAAAGCUGUAGGAGCGAUUAACGAAGCGGUGAAGAAGUACAUGGAAAAACAUUUCAGCGUUCAGAAUAUACCGAUACACUAUAUCGAAAAUGGGAACAUCUCAAAGAACACCAUCCAUGUCACAUCGGACGUUAACUGCAAUUUGAACAUGCUCAAGAUGAGCAUCCUAGGAAUCAGCAACAUUACGAACAAGUCCAUAGAUCAGUUUAAUUUUUUCCUUGUCCCGAAGGACGUCGACUUUUACAAUCGAAGCAAAUUUCAGGAAAUUCCCCUCUUCAUUAGGAAUGUACUAGAUUUGUACAACUAUAGCAAAUUGCUAGGGCGAAAAAUCGUGAUUGCGUCGGUUGAUGAGAAAGACCUAGACAUUAUAAGACCCAAAAGUUUCGACUGUUUGUACGAGUCGAAUAGAGACGAUGAGGAGCUGACCCCGGGGGAGGAAGAGUUUCUGCAGGAGAUCCCUACAUCCGAAGUGACCAACGAAGAGGCAACCGAAAUUGGCGAUAAGGAGGAAACCCAACUGGGAGAAGACGAGGCAAACCAGCUGCGAGACGACGAGGCCAUCCUGGGAAGAGAAAUUAUACUAAAGAACGCAAGUGAGAAAACGGUAUCUGAUGAGAACCCACCACCACCAGGUUACAAAGAAAACGAAAUCGAGUACAUAAACAAAGAAAUAACAAUUUUGGAAGAUGAAGAGUUGUACAGAAAGGAUAGUUAUUACGAAUUUUUUGAAAUGUACAUGGACAAUCCGAAUCGAAAAGUGAACAUCUACAAGGCACCGAUACAAAAAACGUAUAACUUGAAUUUAUUCGCAGUGGACCUUAUGAACAAAAUAGUGCAUGUGCCGUCCACAUUUAUAAACACCAGCUCGUACAAGAAGGGCAUAUCCAUCCUUGACAUAUAUAGUUGCUUGGAUUACUUCUCCUUUAGCAGAAAGACGAACGUUAUUAGUUCCAUCAUUUACGACAAAUCGAUCACGUUAUAUGAAUUAUUGAAGCACCUGAACGAGAAGGAAGAACAUUUGCUCAUUCGAAAUAAGAAGACGGAAGAUUGUGCAGACGUGGACAAUUUAGAAAAUGUAAAAAUUCCAGAAUCCAUAAAUUUGAAGGAUUCCAAAAUUAUACACCUAGAAAUACCAAUUUUUUAUCUGGACGAACAGUCAUGCUUUUAUCAUGACAGAUUAACUCUGAUGAAUGUGCCCGAAAGUUUGACCGCAUUGGAAUUGUGCAAUUUGGUGAAGAAUAUAAUUAACUCUAAAUUGGUUUCUUUCAAUAUAGAUACUCUUAAGGAUUUACAAAUUUUUACCAUCCGGGAGAAGAAGUGGGAAAAUGUCGAUGAUAACUUAACUGUGAGUGAGUUAAAAAUGAACCACAAUGAUUUGUACACUCUUUUUAUUAGAAAAACAUUUUUGACGAGAAAUAACUUCCAGACUUUAGCUAAUUUGCAAAUCGAUUUAGCGGAUAGGAACAUCUACGUUAAGAAGCUGAACAUUUACAUCAACUAUAAUUUUGCUCCGUACAGCUUGCACAAUUUGUCACUGUACAUGGACGCCAAUAAUUUGAAGCACCUGGUGCUGAGAAAUACGAAUGCGUUCAUAUCGGAUUCGUUUCUGCGCGAGUUUUUCUUUGUGUACAGUAGGAGCCACCCGGUGGGCGAUGGUUAUCAAGUGGGGAACGCAGAGCCGGGGAGUCCUCAUUCGGUAAACUACCAAUUGAGCAGCCACCUAAGAAGAGGCCAACUGAGAAGCGUCCAACUCAGCAGCGGAGAAAACCAAGAAGUCUACAUCGAAGACGAGGAAGGAUCCAAAGGAGGGGGUAAAAAAAUACCCUUCCUGUUCCUCCUCAAUAUGCUCAGCAGGUUCUACAAGAUAAAAUUCAGUGCCAGCAGAAUGAUGGAGACCGUCCUGGCGUCGCUGUUGGAACUAAGUGGGAGGGACUCAAACGAAAACCCAAUACUGGAAGUGAAAGAAUCGUCCAAGAAGACCAAAAAUUUGGAACUUUACCUAGGGAACAACUCCAAAAAGGUAUCAGUAAAGAAUGUUCCCAUGGCGUUACUGGUGUGGAAAUUUAUCAACAUCCUGAUGAGAGGAUCCUUCAACAUCCCCGUGGAAGAGAAAGAAAAGUUGUACAAUUUAUUUGUAAUCGUACCGAGGGAUAAAGACAAAUUGAUGAGCCACGACUACUACUUUAGCUCCAUCCCUGGAUAUACCAUAGAAGAAGUAGUAAAAAUUAUAGAAAAGGAUAACCUACUCUUGAUGAAGGCAUACCCAGAUCAUCUCAACCACAUUCGAAACAGCGAACAUUUCGACUCGUAUAUGAUGUUCUCUCUUGAUUCACUACCCUCCGUGAUCGACUUUGACAACCCCAUUGAGACUCUAAGCUUUUACGUUCACUACAAAAAUGAAAAAAAAAUUACACACAUUAUUAACGUGCCACAGAAGAUAACCACAGAUAAGCUGCUCAAAUCUAUACUGAUGGAUAUGUAUUCCAAAUGGCAGAAGUUACCAAAAGAUGAGAAGAUUAAAUUUUCCCUUUACGUGGGCAACAACGAAAUAACGGAUGUGAAGAAGUACAUCAAUUCUGGGCAGGACGCCCAGUUGCGCACCUUCAUCUCACUAGGAAAAAAAAAAAAUGACCAAAAACAGUCCAAAAAAAACUACGUCGACUUGGACAAAAUAUCCGAAAUAGAUACCGUCAACGUUUCCGACGCAGAAUUGAAGACGGCUCAGCUGUACGAUAACGUUUUGAGAGAGAUCCUAGUAAAGGACUACAUAGAUUAUAAUAAUAUCUCUGUGAGUGGCUACACUCUCACUAUUUACGUUUAUGACGGGGUGACCUACAAACCGGUGGUCAUUUUUAACGUCCCCUUGAGCGCAACGAACAAGGAUAUAAUAAACUUCCUACUGAUAAAGGCGAAUCAUAUUAACACGAAAAAAUUAGUGGACGAAUUUCUCCUGCUGAACGAAGAGUCCUUAAUCCUGAUGAAGACAAAAACUAUUGUGGAGCAAAAUGUUGUUUUUAUAGGCGAGCUCACAGAACUUAUCAAUUUGGACAGAACCAAACUGUACAUAGUCCACAAGCCCCUAUUUAACCCACUAGAUGAUAUAUUCAGAAAUGUAGCAGGCAGGAAGUACGACUUCAAGUCUGAAAAAAACGCCGUGAUAAAUGUGAGUGAGGGAAAAGGUACCCUCACCUUUAACGUCAUGUUUAAUAAAAAUAAGAAAAAAGUUUUAACUGUUAUGAACAUUGCACACAGCAUGUACAUUACAGAGUUCCUACGAUUUGCCAUUGGCUACCAACGAAAGUGGAUCUACAAAUAUGUAAACUUUUACCUCAUUAAGGGAAAUGAAAAAUACGUCUUAAAUGAUUACAAGGAUGUUAUACGGUAUGGAAGAACCAUCAGCGAAAUUUUUAAAAUGUGCAAAACUGGAGACCCAUGCACGCUGCACAUUGAGAUUAUGACCCACGACUCAGCCAACAAAUUGAAGAAGGAAAACCCGGAGAGCACAGACAGGGGAAGUAUAGUCAUAAAGGAGUUAAGAAAAAAACUUGUUGAAGACGAAAUUGACCAUAAAAAGAUAGACCUCUCUGUUGUUUGCUUCGAGUACAACGCAGGACUUUACGAGAAGCACCUUUUUGGCGCUUCCAGAAUUUGUAACAUUCCGAAAAAUUACACCGUGGCGGAUGUACUGGCCCACGUGAAGAAGAAGCUCAAAGAAGAAACCAAGAUGAAAAAUGUGGACGAUUUGGAACUUAGAAUCAUAUAUAACGAAUCGUAUUUAACCAUACCCGAAGAAAUGAACAUGGAAUAUGUGAUUAAUUACUACUUUACUAAUGCACCCUCCAUCGUUUCUGUCUCGGAGAAGCAAGAACUCCUAAACCUCGUGCAUCUGCUUCUCCACGAUACCGUUAUGGACAUAAAGAAUGACACCUUUGUGAAGAGGAGCAUACCGCUGUACAUAAAAAAGGGAAGGUAUUUGCAUAACAUCAAAUUGAAAAAUAUUCCUUUCAGCAUUACGGAGGACAGCUUCGUAACCUACCUACUAAAUUAUUUAACAAAAAAGUCGGAAGUGAUUAAAUUUAUGAAAGACAACACGUCAGUGUGUCUAUACCCGAAUUGUGACCCUGUGUAUGUGCACCUGGAGAAGAAGCAGCUCUCCUUCGUUGCGUCUCUGUCGUACCACAUCGCCAUGAAGAAGAUCAUCUAUUUGGCUACCGUCGAGUCGCAUGAAAAUUUCUACGGCCAAAUGAGCCACUUCCAAUUCAAUUUUGAAAAGUCUCAAUAUUAUAGAGAAAUAAAGGCGGACAGAAGCAACAGCAGUAGGGACAUGAAGAAGAAUAACUCCGAUGUGCUAAUGAACAUCGAAGUGAAUAUUCACUUCCCAAAUGUCCACAGAACGGUUCGAGUAAAAAAUUUCAACAUGAACAUGGAAAUAAACGACUUGUUGAGCAAAACAUUUCAAUCUAUAACGUCGAAGAGUUACACGUGGAAGGACGUGUUCACCUUUGUUGGCAGCACGUCCAAGUAUAAGCAUAAUGGUCGGGAGAAAGACCAGAAAGAAGGAAAAGCCAAUCAAGAGGGGAAAGCCAUACAAGAGGGAAAAGACCUGGAAGAUAAGAAGGCCAAAACGUUUAAGGACUACCUGAAUGAAGAAGGAAACAUCACCUUCAUCUUUAAAUCCGAAUAUAGCGCAAUACACGAUUAUUUAAUUUCCAGAGUGAUAUACCUGCCCGCUAUUAUAAACUACGAGACAAAAUAUAUUUCUCUAAAAACGAGUAUUAGUGGCUUUCACAACAAUUUCACGACGCUGUAUGGGUUCCCAAGUUACUUAACACCCGUAUUCACACUCACCAUAUUGCAAUACAAUUUUUUCAAACUGAUAGGCAAGACAUACUUAGACCUCUUCGGGUGUUCCUACGAUUAUAGGUUUAACGAAGAGGAAACGUAUGAAGAUACACAGAUCGCUUUGAAAAAGAGCCACCCCAUUUUGAAUGAUUCCCUCAAGGGAGAAAACAAAAAAGAGAAAAUGAGACUUAUCAUGCGGAUCAGAAAGAAAGAUAUGAAAUACAUCGACACAAUCAAGGAUUUGAAAACCGCCGAAUUAAACAUAGAAUGCCAGAAGUUAGAAAAUGAGGAAGACAUGGAGGAAUGUACCGAUAUGAUAUCAGCUCUCAACACAUCGUCCAUAUUCUGGAGAAGUAGCAUCUUAGGUUUUAUGGCCAACUCGGUGGUCAUCCGAGAUAACUACAACAACACAUUGAUGCUGCCAUACAUCGACUUCAGAGUGAAUGAAAAAAUUCUUCUCCAAAAUAUUCUCUGCCACAUUAACUUGUCUCCUUACUUGUAUAAGCUCUUCGAAUUGACCCACAUUGAUAAAAAAGGAAUCACUUUUAAGAAAGGGCUAAAGAAUAGCGUGCCACAUAUUCAGUGCUUGCUAUCUUACGGGUUUAGCAUUUACUUCGAUCUGCAUCACAACAACAAGCUGGAUAAUUAUUCCGGGUUCCAAAUGGGCGGAAUAGAAUCUUUCGACAUAACCCAAGUACAUUCCUUCCAAAAUUUACAUGAGCAACAUUUCGUGGAGUUCUUUCUUUACAAUCCGGAUGGCACACAUGUGUAUGUGAAGAAUGUAUAUAGAGACAUGACUGUUUCCACUCUCAUCAAUGAGCUGUCCAAGGCGAGACAUCACAUCCACGGCCUCCAGUACAACGAGGUGUCCUCCUUUUAUAAGCUCAUAUACAUCCUGGACGAAAAGGACGUAUUCGAUAUCGCUCCGGAGGCGUCCAUCGAAGACGUGUACGACAUUGUGCUCAGGUACUCCAAGUCGAAUUUUGUCCUCAAAGUGGUGAAGAAGGACGACCAUGGGGGCAGCGAUGGUAGCGGUGGUAGUGGUGACCGCGGUGAUGGCAGUGAUUCAGAUGAUCACCCCAGCAGCAGCCUCGCGGAGAAGGGCAUGCCCGAGAUGCAUCUCAGCGCCUACCCCCCCAUCGUCGAUUUGAGCCAAAACAACUUCCAAGUCGUCAUGUAUCUGCAGCUAAAGCCACUCGAAAACAAGAACCUCUUCAGAGACCCAACCGCCCCCAAAAUUAUUAUCAACAACGUCCCUUCCAGCACCUUUAUUGUCUCCAUCAAGGACUACAUCCUCAUCUUAUUUAAGGAAUAUUUUGAGCAACUAGAACUUUCUCAAAAUUUCCAUACCAGAUUUUACGAAUUUGAAAUAAAUCUAACAAUCGUCAGCUGGAACCCCGUCACGAAGAAGAUACAACUGCUGAACGAGAAGGUUCUGAGCAACAUCACCGUGUCUAACUUUUACAGCGUCUACUACAACGCCGGUUUGGUUCUACAGCUAGACAAGGUCAAGAUUUUCAAGCCCAACUUUUACGACGAAUUUAUUAACCACUUUUCCUCCGUCGUCGUCGACUUCUCUUGCCAGUCGAUCCAGAACAGCUGA